CUCGUGACCGUGACCGCCAAGUUGCUUUCGCUCCUCGACCGCCUCUCGUCCCGUUGGCUCGGGCUGCUCGAAUCCAAGACACCACCUUCAAGCAGGUAUCUUGGCCUUUACGAAAACGAUUUCGUGGCUUUCUCUGUCCGUCCCGUCACUCAUCGAGUAGUCAAGGCUAUCGCCACGCGCACACUCAAAUCCAACACCGACUUGUAAUCCACUCGCGCUUUUCGAUCGCAAACGGUCACGCAUCUACCACAGAAGGCUUUCGCCGAGUGAGUGGGCUACGGUGCCGUAUCACUCAAUAAUCAAGCAUGUCCCGCCUUCCACGACCUCAGUCCUCGCCCGAUCAUAAGGGAUUCGCGCCCUCGCUCAAGCGCAAAGCCGCUGCCACCGAGGAGGACGAUACGAUCGAAGACCAGCCCGCUGCGAAAAAGGCGACCGGGACCGGCUUCCGACCAAAGCCACUACAGGCUUCCCGCACCGCACCCAACGCAGCCACAUCCACCUCUAGUAAACCCCCAUCCAAGGCGACCGCUGUGUCCAUGCCACGCCCACUGACGCGUCCCCGCCCGCCCGCUGCAGCACGACCCACGGCUGCGCGAGGGGCUAGUGCACCCGCCGCCGCCGGCGCGACGCGCAAGCCGGUUUCAGGGAUCGGGUCAGGGCUCCCCUCUCGCCUCGCGACCACAUCCGGCCCGUCGACAUCCACCAAUGCCACCAUGAAACGCAGCGCGUCUGCGUCAGUCGCUGCGCCGGACGUCAUCACGCACAUGAACAAGCGCCUCGCCUCGCUGGAGUCGGCGCGGACGCUGGACGUCGAGCGCAUCGCAGAGCUGAUCGAGAGCAAGGCGCUGCUCGCUGGGGGCAGCGGCGGCAAUGCGUCUGCUGCGUCGACGGAGCUGCAGACGGAGCUCAUUACCGCACAGGCGCAGUUGGCGAGCACGAGCGUGCAGCUGAAUGCGGCGCAGACUCAGCUGAUGGCUGCCCAGACGCAGGCGGUGACGUUCCAGGCCGAGCUCAACGUAGCGAAGAGUGCGCUCAAGGCGCGCGACGAUUCGGAGGCGGAGAUGCGGAAAGAGGUGUUGGCGCUCAAAGCCGAAGUCCUGUCGGGCAAAACGGCGAUCGCGGCUGCGCAGGACGAGACAGGCGAGCUGCGACGGGCGAUGGCAAGGGAACGGGAAGAGAAUGAGAUUCGUGUGCGACGCGGAGAGCGAUUGCUACGUGAAGCCAAGGACGAACUUGAAGAACGCGAUGCUCGACUGACGAAACUCCGCGCCGAACUGGCUGGUGCUGUCGACGCGGAAGUGGGCCUGCAGGAACGAUAUCGUGCUAUGACCGGACGCGUGGAAACUAUGCAGGAUGAGAUCAAGGCUUGGGAGGAGAAACAGACGCAGUGGAUUGCCGAACGAGAAGCUUGGGAAGCAGAGCGUGCUGAGAUGCGGGAGGAAGCGGUGAAAGGCGAAGAGGAGCGCCGCAAGUUGCAUGGGAUGGUCAUGGAGCUCAAGGGCAACAUUCGCGUGUUUUGUCGUGUUCGGCCGGUUCUGCCGUCCGAGAUCGAAGGGGAAGAUGAUGCAGUUGCUGCUCAGAUCGCGUAUCCGGACGCUGAGCAAUCAUACCCAUCAGGGCAGAAGGAGAUUGUGCUCAGUUCAGCUGGAGUUGAGCGAGAGUGGGAUGCCGGCAUGGGUAACAAACCACGCAAAGAAGUUUGGUCUUUUGGAUUCGAUCGUGUUUUCACACCUUCAUCGACGCAAGCGGAUCUGUUUGCGGAGAUCUCUCAGCUUGCACAGAGUUGUAUCGAUGGAUAUAAUGUGUGCAUCUUUGCUUACGGUCAAACCGGAAGCGGGAAGAGCUGGACUAUGGAGGGUGGUGGGAACGAUGAAGAUCGAGGGAUGAUUCCCCGGGCUGUAGCUCAGGUCUUCCGGGUGGCCGACGAUUUGAAAGACAAAGGAUGGACCUAUAGCAUGGAAGGCCAGUUCUUAGAGAUUUACAACGAAACGAUCACGGACCUGCUGUCGGCCGCUCCAGCUCCGGGCGAGGCACCGCGGAAGCACGAGAUCCACCACCAUCCUGUCACGCAUUUGACAUCUGUGUCGGACACCCAAACUGCGACGCUCACCUCGCCGACCCAGGUUAUGGCGUUACUCUCACAGGCCCAGAGCCGGCGGCGGGUCGCGGCGACGCUAAUGAACGAGCGGUCGUCCCGCUCGCAUUCGGUCUUCACACUGCGGAUCCGGGGCGUGCACGACAACGGGGAGGCGGAGCGUCUCGGCACGCUCAACCUCGUCGAUCUCGCCGGCAGUGAGCGACUGGCGUCGCUCGGACUCGGGCACUCUGUCGCUGGGUCCGAGCGGUUGAAGGAGACGCAGAGCAUCAAUAAGAGUCUCAGUGCAUUAGGGGAUGUCAUUGCUGCUCUCGGCAACGGGCCGGGAUCGCAUGUUCCGUAUCGCAAUUCGAAGCUGACGUACUUGCUGCAAAACUCACUGAGUGGAAACUCGAAGACGCUGAUGGUGCUCAACCUUUCGCCGUUAUCAGCACAUCUGAACGAGUCACUGACGUCGCUGCGCUUUGCUACCAAGGUCAACAACACGACGAUAGGUACCGCCAAGAAGGUCCAAGUCAAACCCUAAGCUUUUUGUCUUUCUUUAUAUGUAUAUGAGUUUGUAUUUCGUUCGCGCUGUCCUAUGUUACUGUACCCGUAUUAAGUGCCAUGUGACGAGCACGCCUGUUCUUUUUCAGCUGGGGGUGAAAAAAGUGGCGUGCCAAAGUAGCCUGUGGAGGA